ACACGGCCAGUUACGUGCCCGCGAGUGAAGGGGAUUAUGUCACUGGUCGGUAUCGAUGGCGAACGCAAAUCGGGGAUUGAUGUCCGAGCCGAAUACGUGACUGCCACCAUGGCGAUCUCGAAUAUCGUGAAGUCAUCGCUGGGACCCGUUGGACUGGAUAAAAUGCUUGUGGACGAUAUCGGCGACGUCACUAUUACGAAUGAUGGUGCUACCAUUCUACAACGCCUCGAAGUUGAACACCCUGCCGCAAAAGUAUUGGUAGAGCUGGCAGAGCUUCAAGACAGUGAGGUUGGAGAUGGGACCACAUCAGUAGUAAUAAUCGCCGCUGAACUUCUUAAACGCGGAACUGAACUAGUAAAGAAUGGUAUCCAUCCCACAACCAUCAUGACAGGAUUUCGAAUUGCUUUGAAGGAUGCCGUGAAAUUUGUGAAGUCAGCCCUCCUGGUGCCUGUAGAGCGCAUAGGCGAUGAGGCCAUUAUAUCUGCGGCUAAAACAUCGAUGGCAUCGAAACUUCUGAAUGCAGAUGAAGACUUCUGGUCAAAACUUGCAGUUGAUGCCGUCCGCUCUGUCAAAACGCAAACAGCAGAUGGAAAAGCGCGAUUUCCUGUAUCCGCAAUUCACAUCCUUAAAGCCCAUGGGAAGUCAUCGACGGAAUCUGAGCUUGUGAGUGGUUUCGCAAUCAACGUUCAACGUGCUGCCCAGGGAAUGCCAUCGGUGAUAAAAAAUGCAAAGAUCGCACUGCUCGACUUCCCACUCCAAAGGCACAAGGUGCAGAUGGGAGUGUCUGUUCAAGUUGACGAUGUUGCGGAAGUUGAGGGUAUUCGCCAACGUGAACUUGACAUUACCAAAGAGCGAAUCCAAAAGAUCCUCCAAUCAGGAGCAAAUGUGGUCUUAACCACAAAAGGGAUAGACGAUACAUGCCUUAAGUAUUUUGUGGAAGCAGGCGCGUUGGCAGCGCGGCGAGUGAAGAAGGAGGAUCUUACACGCCUCGCACGAGCAACUGGAGGCCGGGUCGUUGUGACGUUGGCAGAUAUGGAAGGCAAUGAAACAUUUGAUGCGGAGUGUCUUGGUUCAGCUGAAGUGGUGCAAGAGGAACGAGUUGGCGACGGUGAGAUGUUGUACGUCCGUGGCACUGCUUUAUCGAAGGCGACAACGAUAGUAUUGCGAGGUGCAAAUGAAUUCCACCUUGAUGAGCUCGACCGCGCACUACACGAUGUAUUGAUGGUGGUGAAACGUGUUCUUGAGUCGACGGCUGUUGUUGCGGGUGGGGGGGCGGUCGAAGCAGCCCUAUCGAUUCACCUUGAGAAACGAGCUCAGUCUCUGGGUACUCGUGAACACCUCGCCGUGAGCGAAUUUGCCCAGGCGCUGCUGGUUAUACCUCGUACAUUGUCGGUGAAUGCAGCCCAAGAUGCUAUUGAACUUGUUGCCAAACUUCGGGCCAAUCACCAUACUGCACAGCAGGACUCGAAAGACGACGCCCUCAAGUUUACUGGAUUGGACCUGAAGACGGGAACUGUCCGUGAUAAUCUUCGUUGUGGAAUUAUGGAGCCAGCAAUCUCAAAAAUUAAGUGCCUCCGAUUCGCGACUGAAGCUGCAAUUACUAUUCUCCGCAUUGAUGACAUGAUUAAGCUCAAUCCGAAACCCCCACCUGAUGAUCCUCGCUAUGGUCAUUAGUAGACGAAUUAGAGGGUGUUGUUUGGGAAGUGCAGUGGCUGCUCAGUAUGCUUUGGCUCUUCUCAACUCGCGUCUCAACAUAGCCCUACCUCAAUGAUUGCCCAACUAUGCAGCAAUUCAAGUCUGAUCAGCAGAGUAAUGUGAGCUGACGAUACACCGUCAACAAACACAUUCGCCAGGGCGGGGAAGCGUCGAGAUAGAAGUGACAGCUAUCCAAUUGAAAAAACGGCAAUAUCAACGUUCAAUGCGACUUGGUUCAGGCACUGACCCAG